AAUGUUUACACUAUCACUAGAUAUAAUACUACACAUUGUCGAACUAGGCAAUCUUACCAUAUCCGAUGUAUUUCAUUUGUAUCAACUAAACAAGCAGCUCCGUCAUAAGCUUAACGAUUACUAUUUCUGGCAACAGAUUUAUAAAUUGUUAUUCGGUAAACAAUUGACAUACUAUGGUAUAAACAACACCGUAGGCAAUUACGAACUGUGUCUUGAGAUGAACAGAAUAUUUCGUAAGUUUGAACAUGUACUACAAAUUUACAACCGAAAUUCAAUCUCUGAUAUAAUUUCAGAGUUUGGCCAUACCAAAUGCAUACCUAUAAUACUACACUUUCUACACCAGCAAAGACUAGAAUUUGAAGAAAAUAUACGCAGGGCUUACAACUAUGUUGAUAUCUCCAGGCUAAGUCUCGUUGAAAACUUAAUAUCUUCAAUCACGUUCAAUCUAGGCACUUCCAGAAUUGUUCAAACUUUACAAGAGGGCCUAAUAACCCCAGCAUCAUAUGAACAAUUCUGGUUCAACAUAAGCUUACUUAACAAAUCAAGCUAUAAAAUGGUCAAGGCAAGACAUGACACGAUAUCCCAACUAAAACUCAAACUAUCGAGAAAAGUAAACCAAAAGUUCCCCCACAAGUCGCGAUUAUCCUUCAAGACCAAACACGAGUACAACCAAUUCAUAGCCAAGAUGAUAAAAGUUGUGCUCUCCCAUUUCAAGUUCGUAACUGACCUUCCCAAUAAGACAUAUGCUGAAGAUCUCGAUUUAUUGAAAGUGUACUCGCAUCAUGCCAAGGGCCACAUUUUUCUCGUCCAGUCCAUUUCACUAAUGCUAAUCCAUGAAACACUAGCAGACGUCACCAUCGACGUACAGGGGAAAAUUCAACCCCAGUUGGUAUUGUGCAAACUAGGCAUAUUAGCUGGUGACUAUUGCAUACUUGUACAGCAUAACCACAUUGAAAUAUGCAGCAUACCCCAGGUGAAGCAGUACAUGAGACGAACCCAACCUAAAUCUGAAGCGUACUUUAACCCUGUGGAUUUACAUGCAUUGUUUCGAUUAUUUAUUGAUGUGGAAUCAUAUGAGCAGGAAGUUAAGCGUGACAAUUGGAGUGUUCUGCAUCUGUAUCGUGCAAUGAGUUUGACUGGGUUUACUGAUCGCUCCCUCAUUGACUUGCUUCUGUCGAAUGUAUUCAGUGGUGAAUUUGUACUUCCCGAAAAGUUCUUGGGUCAUUUGAACAAUUUUAUACAUGGUUCAUAUCCUCAAUUUCCACAUGUGCAAGAUGUAGGAGAGUUAGUGAUGAAUAAACGAACAAAUAGAGUGGGGGUAGUGGUGCAUAAGUCAGAUGAGUUGCAUACAAUCUACACUACUUUUCACCAACUAGACAAAUGUCUAUCUCAACGAUUAGUCAAGGUACUGUUAAACACUCCCGACUUGUUGAUGAUUCUUGAUCAGAUGGGCUUGGAUGUUAUUGGAUUGUUAUAUUUCAAGGGGUUUACUUUUGACAAUGGAAUGCAGUUUAUUCCGUAUUAAUCUUGUAUAUAUUUAAUAGAUAUGUAAUAGAUAUGUAAUAGAUGUGUAAUAGAUGUGUAAUAGAUAUGUAAUAGAUAUAUAACGGAUACAUACGUGUACAUAACAGAUAUAUACCUAUAUACCUAUACAAUAGAUAAUCGUAGAUCAGAGUUCAAUCUCCGAUCGGAGCAACCGAAAAAAUUGCCAUUCAUCUCAAACUCCUACCAGUGAUCACCAUACAUCUUAACCAUGCUCAGAACUAUAAGACGCAGUCGGUUGCUAAGACAUGUGCGGUUCAACCAUACCGUCAUUGGAAUUGACCUUGGAACUACCAAUUCCGCAGUGGCGAUAAUGGAGGGCCAUCAACCGAAAAUUCUAGAAAAUGAAGAAGGUGGAAGAACAACACCCUCGAUAGUGGCAUUCACCAAUGAUUCCACUCUAGUUGGCCUCGCUGCUAAGAGACAAGCAGUAAUCAACCCAGAAAAUACCUUCUACGCUACUAAACGGUUAAUUGGGCGAAAGUACCAGGAUGCGGAGGUGCAACGAGACAUUUCCAACGUUCCUUACAAGAUCAUCCCCAGCCACAAUGGAGAUGCCAUGUUGGCAACUGACAAGAAGACCUUGUCGCCAUCGGAAAUAGGUGGGAUCAUUCUUAAUAAAAUGAAAUCAAUUGCUGAAACCCACUUGCCUACACCAGUAAAACACGCCGUGGUCACUGUACCGGCCUAUUUCAACGACUCGCAACGUCUGGCCACGAAAAACUCAGGAAAACUCGUGGGGUUGAACGUAUUGAGAGUUAUAAACGAGCCCACAGCCGCAGCAUUGGCUUACGGCUGUGAUAAGACUAAUGAAGGAAUCAUUGCCGUGUUUGAUUUUGGUGGUGGAACAUUUGAUAUUUCCAUUCUUGACAUUGAAAACGGCGUGUUUGAAGUCAGGGCCACUAAUGGGAAUACCCAUUUGGGUGGUGAAGAUUUUGACAUUGUCUUGCUUAACCAUAUUCUCAACCAUUUCAAACUGGAGACUGGUAUUGAUUUAUCUAAUGAGAGACUAGCCGUGCAACGGAUCAGAGAAGCUGCGGAAAAGGCAAAGAUUGAAUUGUCCACUGUAACAACCACUGAAAUCAACAUUCCUUUCAUCCAUGAAGAUAAACACAUAAAAUUGACUCUUACCGAACAAGAACUCGACAAUAUGACCCUCCCACUUAUUGAAAAAACCAUUGAACCAGUCAAGAAAUGCAUUCGUGACGCCGAAUUGAAAGUCAAUGAAAUCGAUGAAGUCUUGCUCGUGGGUGGAAUGACCAGAAUGCCCAGAAUCAGAAAGCAAGUGGAGCAGUUGUUCAACAAGAAACCAAGCACUGCUGUCAAUCCAGAUGAAGCUGUGGCCUUGGGUGCUGCUAUCCAAGGUGGUGUCCUCUCGGGACAAAUCAAGAAUGUUGUGUUACUAGAUGUGACUCCAUUAUCAUUAGGUAUUGAAACUUAUGGGGGAAUAUUCAGCCCCUUGAUCCCCCGUAAUUCUACUGUGCCUAUACGUACCCAACAAAUGUUUUCCACUGCAGUAGAUGGGCAAACUGGUGUUGAGAUUAGAGUGUAUCAGGGUGAACGUUCUCUUGUCAAGGAUAAUAAACUAAUUGGUAAUUUCAAACUUUCAAACAUUCCCCCUGGUCCAAAAGGAACUCCACAAAUUGCCGUCCUGUUUGAAAUUGAUGCCGAUGGAAUCAUAAAUGUCAGUGCCACCGACAAGACUAAAUAUCCUAAGGAUCUGGAGUACUACAACAAGCCAAACUCGGUUUCCAUUCAAGUUACAGAAAUCGCCAUGACUGAUGAAGAAGUUUCCAAAAUGGUUGAAGAAAGUGCCCGGAACAAGCAAGCCGAUGAAGAACUCCGCAAAUACUUUGAACAUGCUAGUAGAGCAGAAAUAUUGUGCACCGACACGGAAAAUGCAUUAAAGCAAUAUGGCGGUUUCAUGCAACAGCAUCACAGAGAUAGUAUCCAACUUCACCUUGAAGCUGUGCAAAUCAUGAUUAACGAUAUCAGAAAUAAGAAAUUGCACGAUCCAAAAGAUCUCAAUGAAAAGGUAAAUGCUAUGCAAAGUGAGUGUAUGAAAGCUAUUAAAUAUGUCGCUGAAAAGCAACAAGAGAACAAGUAAUGUAUUUAGUCUACAUGUAAUUAAUUCGUGUGUGUAUCUGUGUGUAUUGAAGUAAAACUAUUCAUCAGUUUCCAUUCUAUCAUCUCCUUCAGUAGUAUCUGGAGCAUCAGCAGCACUUUCAGUAGUUUCAGCAUUUUCCUCCUUUACUUCUUCAUCCUUAACUUCUUCAUCGUUGUUGUUGUUGUUGUUGUUGUCAUCGUCGUCGUCUCUAUUUCUGGCAUUAGAAACAGAGUCUAACUUAUCUAACCAUUGUUGAACAUCUUCGUCGUCAUACACGACAAACUCUUGGUCCUUACCAACUAUGCUCACCGAAGUAUUCUUAUUCGUCAACUCGAUAUCUUGAGACAAGGUAUCCCUCAAUGCAUUCAAUCCAUGAACAAUCAACGCUUCGGUGCUUUCGCUGUUUCUAAUCUCGUCUAAAUUUCUCUCUAAGUAAGUUCUGGCUGCUUGUGAUCUGGCCCCAAUGGCAGCACCAUAGUACUCCAACACACUACCAGAAGGUUGAAACUCAAACAAAUGUGCCCCAGUCUCGUCGUAUCCUCCAAUCAACAACCCCACUCCGUAUGGUCUAGCACCGUAGGUCUGGGUGUUCUCCUGGGCCUUGUCGGCAAUCGACAACACGGCCUUGUAUGUCUGGAUAGGCUUAUCGAAAAUCAUCUUGCUCGACAUCGCCUGUCUUCUUAAAUAGUUGGACAAUACUCGCGCAUCAGGGGCCAAUCCAGCCAAUGCAAUUCCAAUGUGGUCGUCAAUCUUGAUGAGUUUCUUUUGAAAUGAUCCCAAUUCUUCAGCAUUACGCUUCAAGGCUACCAAUACAACAUGGUUUUUGGAGGUCAAGCCCACAGCGGCACUUCCUUGCUUGAUUGCUUCAAGGGCGUACUCUACUUGGAAUAAUCUCCCAGUGGGUGAAUAUGUGACGGAAUCGUUAUCGUAAUUGUUUCUAAACAUGGUCAAUUGUGUAGCUACUUAGAU